ACUCUGCACUCUCCCCUCCCAUGUUGUUUUUAUAUUUUCAUCCAAGGGCAACCCUCCACGCACGCAAUGCUCCCUGGGUAAUAUUUAUUCAAGAUGGCGUACCACUACCAACAACCACAAGGCGGCUACGACCCAAACUACCUUUCCGGCAUCUUUCAGAGGGUUGAUAAGGAUCGAAGUGGGAGCAUUUCGUCGAACGAGUUGCAACAAGCGCUGUCAAAUGGUACAUGGACACCGUUUAACCCUGAGACAGUAAGGCUUAUGAUCGGCAUGUUUGAUAGGGACAACAAUGGCACCAUCAAUUUCCAGGAAUUUUCCAGCUUGUGGAAGUACAUAACUGAUUGGCAAACUACCUUCCGAAACUAUGACCGUGACAGCUCUGGCACAAUAGACAAGAAUGAACUUCAAAAUGCUCUUACAAGUUUUGGUUAUCGGCUUUCUGAUAAGUUCUACUCCAUAUUAAUAAAAAAGUUUGACAGAUCUGGUCGUGGUGUUGUCAACUUUGACGACUUUAUCCAGUGCUGUGUUGUUAUUCAGAUGUUGACUAAUGCCUUUCAAGCCUAUGAUAACAACAGAAAUGGUUGGAUAAGCAUCAACUAUGAACAGUUUCUAUCACUGGUGUUCAGUCUCAAAACCUAAGCCUUACCCCCCCCCCCCCCUCGACUAAAAUACUGAAAGUAUAGGAAGCAUGAAGCAAAUCCUCAAGUAAAGGGGGGGACACGAAAGGUACUUGGGCAGAAGAAGGAAUUUUAUAUCCCAAAGGUGGCCCCACUUAUAUCCAAAUGUAUUUUGGUCUAUCUUGGGGUUAGUUUGAGCUAAGCCAAGAAUACCUAUGUAUGUCAUAUGCUUAUGUACUUCAUACAGCCCUUCCCUUUUAUACUAUAUACACUAUAUAUGCUUGGUACCCACUAUUUCUGUACUUCAUAAAGUCCUUGGCUGACUUGUUAUGAAUCUGCUUAUCUUCCUUCUUAGCUUCAAGAAAAAUAUUUGUGAAUAAUGGAUAUACUUCUAGAAAAGAGGACCAGAUAGUUUACAUGGCAUUAAGCCAGUUUCUAAGCUAAUGAUUGAUAACAGAAUGUCAUCAUCAAUUAUUAUACUACGGCAAGAAGUCUGCUAUGUUUCUAGCUCUCUUAUAAUGGUUCCAAUAGAAUUUAACUUAUUAUGUUUGUUUCAUAAAAAUUUGUGCCACAAUGUGUGAAGGUUGGUGUUGAAAGCUCAAAGAUGUUUGUCUCUUGUUUGUGUACUGUGUUAAGGUUUUGAUACAUUUAUUGCAGGGGCUGCAUUUUGAACUCCGCCACACUCUUCCUCCCUUUAUUCACCUGUUUUCUGUCUUUUAUGAAAAGAAAAAGGUCUCCUCUGACUUUCUGCAGACAUGUCAAUUGUAUAAUACUUGUAUAAAAUGUGUAGUAUUGUGCAGUAAAAUACUGAUUACCUCA